CUUUGUUAUCAUCCAGAGCAAACUGGAAUAUUGAAUAUCAUUAAAUUUUGGGGAUAUAAUCUUGGAACAAAUGUAGUUCAAACUGCAUUAUCAAAAGAUGUGAUGAAUACAUAUAUUAGACUUAUGGGAAAUAUUUCGGAAUCUGAUAUUGAAAGUCUUCAAUCCCGGCAUUCUAUUUUAUGGGCAGAGAAUGGUGAUGGCCUAUCAAAAAUUUACACUGGUACUGGAGCUCUUAGAUCAGAAUACACCCGAAGUGGAAAAGUCACAUGGGCCGGUGUCCUGACUGAUGCUACAAAGACCGUUAACAGAUUUUAUAUCAAUAACUUUCAAGACAAGUCAAAGCAGGAAGCAAUUGAUUUGUUACUUGGAAAACUGUUAAAUUCAAAAGCAAUUGAGAUUCAUGAUCCAGUUAAUGAAGCGAUACGUCAAGAUAUUUUAAACAGGUUAAGCGACUAUUGUUUGAAAUCUACGAUCAAUGUAUUUGUCGGUUCAUACAAUUUGAAUGGAUGUCUACCGUCUGGAGAGUCUCUCUCACCUUGGUUAUUUCCUUUUAGUGACUACGAGCCUGAUCCCCAUUUAUUUGUCAUCGGUUUUCAGGAGAUUGUCGAGUUAAAAGCACAACAGAUUGUUUCAGCUGAUCCAGAAAAAUUACGAAUUUGGGAGAAGGAAAUAAGUAAAGCUUUAAAUAGUCGUCCUGGUCAGCGUUCUAAUUAUGUAAUAUUGAGAUCCGGGCAGUUAGUCGGUACGGCUUUAGUUAUUUACGCAAGAUCUGAUAUUGUAUCCAAUAUACGCAAUGUUGAAUAUGUAAUGAAAAAGAUGGGUUUAGGUGGUAUGGCUGGAAACAAGGGAGCUGUUGCCAUCCGCCUUGAUUAUCAUGAUACCAGCAUAUGCUUUGUCACAGCACAUUUGGCGUCUGGACAAUCAAACUUAGAAGAUAGAAAUAGAGAUUACCAUACCAUCAAUGAUGGAUUAAUUUUUCGAAAUGGUCGUCGUCUCUUACAUCACGAAUAUGUUGUUUUCUUUGGAGAUUUUAACUAUCGCAUAAAUUUAGGAAACGAGGAGGUUAGAGAACUCAUAUAUCAAGAAAAUUUCGAACAAUUAUUGAAGUUUGAGCAGUUGACAAACCAAAUAAACUACGGUUACGCAUUCACUGAGUAUAUUGAAGGGCCCAUUACCUUUUUUCCCACAUAUAAAUACGAUAAUGGAACUGAUGAAUAUGACACUAGCGAGAAGGCUCGAACACCUGCAUGGACAGUCAUGUCAUCAUUUGAUAUAGAGGUAAUUAAACUUGACGAAGUUGCCAAAAAAAAGAUACAGGGGGAACUUUAUCUCGAGAAACAAAAAACAUUGUCGAGAAACAGUGAAAAGAAAAUUGUGCGUUCUAUACCAGAAAAUGAUGAAAAGCAAAUUAAUGAUGCCAUUAAUGAUGCCAUUAAUGAUGCCAUUAAUGAUGUCAUCAUAAUUAAUGGUGAUAGUAAACUAGAAAAGACAAAUUAUGCUAGAAAGUUUAAUAAUCCGUCGGAUGAUCAUAAAGAUGAUAUAACUACUACUGAUAAUAGUGAUAUAGGCAAAGAGACGGGGCCUCCUGUUGGUGUUUUGAUUAAUUUUGAUGAGAGCAAUAAAAAAGAAGGAUUACCACCACCAAGCUCAGAAACUUUCCAGUGGUGGGCAGAUUAUAAAGGCGAUUCUUCAUCACCGAUGGUUGUAGAUAAGAGUGUUAUAAAUAGGAAGUAUAGAAAUUUUUCCAGCAAUCCUUUUUAUGAAUCAAAUCCACGGUUAAUAAGGUCAAUGUCGCUGAAACCAUUGAUACCGUCCAAACCUACAACACCGAAACCGGUGAUAAGACAAAAUAGUAUGGGAAGCAUUCUAAGAACAAAUACCUUUACUGAAAAUGAUGACGAGUUUCUGGCAAAGGCACCGAAAUUCGGUGAUCUCACUUCAUCCAGAGUACCCAUUGGGUUAUUCAUACUUUCGUCCGCGCCUAAAAAGUUAUUUUUGAAAAAUUAUGAUUUAAAAAUUGAAGACGAUAUAAAAAAGCUAUCGAAACUGAUGAAUAUGUCUACAAAG